AUGGAGAUUACAACAAUACACUUCAUGAACUUGAAGAGAAUAGCAUUGACUAAACAAACUCUCUUUAUAGCUGCUUUCUUUUCACACAGACGGUCCGCAUUUGCCGGUUUCUUCAACAAAUAUUUCAAAUGCUGUUUCACUGUUGAGAGACCCGAGGCUGAUGGAGAUCUUAAGCCAACAUCUCCACCACUGGUUUGGAUCAAUGUGCCGUCACAUAUCCGAGUUAUACUGCUGAGGAUCAUGUAUGGUAUUGCCGUGGACCUUCCAUGUGCUGCCAUCGCGUACUGUGAUUCUGAUCCACAAUUUGACAUCGUAAUCCGACAAUACGCUAGAGCACUUGUUCAACUGGAUGGCAGCUAUUUCGAUAGCAGCAUUUCUGUUAUGGAGGAUAUGGAACCAGACCACUUGGCUGCACUCAACCUCAUUCGAAAGUGCUUCUCGAUGGAUGUGAUUAAUUGCGUCCCAGCUCUGAAACAACCUAUUGCCGUCGAAGGAAGCUUUGUGAAUUGUAAACCAAAGCUCGGUGAUGACGUUCUUACAAGAUCUAUUCAGAAAGCCCUUGUCGACAACAGACACCAAGUAAUCGACAAGAAGCUCUCCUUUUCCAGUAUUUCAAAGUGGCAUCGGCCUCAACUCGAAUCAGCUGCUACCAAAUUGCUCCACUUGGUGAAUGGAGGAUUCAGUUCGACGACCAAGACAUAUGAGCCUCGUAUUAUGGGAGCUAAGACAAUGAAAACAGUCAAAUACAAUAGUGGCAGCCUCCAUUUGAAAACUCGCUUUUUACCAUCAAUUGAGUUACCAACUCAGCUGACUGCCAAGCACUCAGAAAUAAAGGCUAUUAGCUUAGUUACCGAAUCACUCUUUACUACUCUGUACAUGCAGCUGAGUGACCAAAACCAAUGUCGUGACAUAUCCCACCGAUCCUUUCAAACUGUGAGACCCGGAGGCGGCACCAUCCGACCAUUCACUUUAAAUCUCCGCUCUGACAUAAACAACACAUUCAAAGGGUCAUUCAAAUGUUUACAAUAUACAUUGAACAUCAUCUUAAGCGGUGAACAAGCUCGGUCGAUCCUCGCAGUGAAGCCAUUGAAAGCAGUCAAAUACAUUAUUGGCAAUAUCCAUUUGAAAACUCGAUUUUUACCAUCAAUUGAGUUACCAGCUCAGCUGACUGCCAAUCAUUCAGAAAUAAAGUUGGGCGACCAAAACCAAAGUCCUGACGUAUGCCACCGAUCUUAUUCAACUGUGAGAGUGAAGACAUUAAAAACAGUCCAAUAUAAUAUUGGCACCCUCCAUUUGGUAACUCACUUUUUACCAUCAACUGAGUUACCAUCUCAACCGACUGCUAAGCACUCAAAAAUAAAGGCUCUUAGCUUAUUUAGCCAGCAUCUCUUUACCACACCACACAUGCAUUUGGGCAACCAAAACCAAUGCCGUGGCCUAUGCCACAAUUCGUACUUAUCUGUGAGAGUGAAGACAUUGAAAACAGUCAAAAAUAAUAUUGGCACCAUCUAUUUGAAAACUUGUUUUUUACCAUCAAUUGAGUUACCAACUCAGCUGACUGCCAAACACUCAGAAAUAAAGGCUCUUAGCUUAGCUAGCCAACAUCUCUUUGCCACUUCAUGCAUGCAGUUGGGCGACCAAAACCAAUGUCGUGACAUGUGCCACCGAUCCUAUUCCAUUGCGAGACCGAGUAAUGGCACCAUUCCACCAUUCACUUUAAACAUCUGCUAUGAGAUCAACAACACAUUCAAAGUGUCAUUCAAAUGUUUCCAAUAUACAUUGGAUAUCAUCGUCGGUGGACAAGCUCGGUCGUUCCUCGCAGUGAUCGCAAGAAUGGUGAUCUACUUUGCCGGUGGUAACUUCAAGAACGGAUAUGAAAAUCGGUGCGUGGUGGGCGUCGAGAGAAAUGCAAUAUUAGAUACAAUGUGGCAUCUUAUCCCCUUUAUGAAGGCGAUGUGCAGUCUGUUCUACUGGGUAUAUUUUAGGAACCAACAACUAUUGUUCACCCCUGCUAUAACGGCACCACCACAGGAUGCAGAAUACCAAACUAUCUUAACAACGGACACCACAUCUUAUUCUUGUACAGACAGCACAGAACCUCAGUCGUGCCAAAGCUUAGUCAAAAGUAGUCAAAACAGCCCCAUCAGUGCUGUCACUGACAUUCCUGCAACUGCACACUACUCUGUCGAGAACGCCACCUUGCCUGUGGACCACCGACCAGAACUAAUCUUCAUUGAUACUGAUGAUUUUGAAGGCGAAAAUCGUUCUUUUGGUGCACCACUGAGUGGGAAAUGGCAGAAUCUUCUCCGUCUUUCAAACUCAUAUCACGAUCUCGGACAGGGAGGUGGCAAGUUCACAUCAGCAUCAUUGUCACCACUUAAGGCACCAGAAGAUGUAAUCUUGCCUGACUAUCUCGUGAAAUUAGACAACAUUAUGCCAAAUGAGCUUGAGAUCAUAUCGAUGGAAGAUUUGUGCCCAGUCGUUCUUUCUGGAAAACAGGUUCAACUUGGUAAGGGUGCUUACGGAGAAGUCUUGUUAAAACGUCUGGAUCAUUCUGAUGGCCCACUUGUUGCAGUAAAAUCAUGUGACGUUGCAAGUGGAGGAGAUACAUCGAAGCAGUUCAGAGAUGAAUUUUUAAUUUACCUCGAAGCUCGAGUGCUGAUGUUCCUAUCGAAGGAAAGCAGAGCCUUUCCGUACGUUUAUGGAAUCUGCGAAAAAGCUUGGUUCGAAUCCCGUAAAAGCAUUGUCAUUGAAUACGUCGGACAUCCAACUCGCUUUAAGUCUAUGACUCUCUUUAAAGCCAUCACUUUCAAAGAUCCGAAUCUUACGAUCUCAGAUGGACUACAUGUGGCACGUGACAUGGCAGAAGGCGUACAGGUGAUGCAAAAACAUGGCUUGAUUCAUAACGAUUUGGCCAGUAGAAAUAUUCUCCUUUACCAUGAUGGCGAACGCUGGGCAGCAAAAAUCACCGAUUUCGGUUCAGUCUGUCAUGCAUCCGCUCCAUUCGACUUCUUCAAGCUUAACAACACUCCUGCAGCACAACGUCAACAGUGCAUAGCAGCUCACAGAGAAUAUGCCCCAGAGCUUCAUUUCCCAAACUCACCACCAACGUUUGCCUCCGACAUACACAGCCUGGGCAACAUGUUUUGGGAAAUGGGUACUCAUUUACGUAUGAGAACUUUAUAUGAAAUGAGCAAACUCUGCACUCACGUCGACCCACAGCGGAGACCACCCAUUGACGAUCUUGUCAACACGUUGGCAAACAAAAUCAAUAACUUAUAAAUAAACUAAAUCACCUAUCGUGAUAAUGUAAAAUAUAAAAAAAAACAAUUAUGUA